AUGGAAGAGGAGCGGGCUGAUGAGCUAGUGUCAGAAGACGGUGCUGUGAUCAGUGAACGGGAACAGAAGUGUCAAGCGUUUGCCAGCGUAGCGGGCUGCGACCAGGCUGUGGCUCAGUGCUAUCUGGCGGAGAAUGACUGGGAGCUGGAAAGAGCCAUCAACUCAUACUUUGAACCCAGCGUGGAGAGCCUCAUACAGGAGGGAAAUCCAAGCGGGGGAACACAGGAGGGAAAUCCAAGUGAAGAAUCCACAUCUGGAGGACAACAAAUGCCUGUAACUGCUCCAGAUUGCUGCAUAGAUCUUACCAGUGAUGAGCCAGUUGUCACACAAAACCCUGAUGCAAGUAAGCACACCACAGUGAGCCAGAAGGAUGAAAGCCACUUUAUCUUUGUCACUUGGAAUAUUGAUGGACUUGACUUAUCCAAUCUUCCAGAAAGAGCUCGGGCUGUUUGUUCAUAUUUAGCUUUGUACAGUCCCGAUGUUGUGUUUUUACAAGAGGUUAUACCUCCAUAUUAUGAAUAUCUGAAGAAGAGAGCUGUUAGCUACACAAUCAUUACAGGAAAUGAAGAUGGAUACUUCACUGCCAUAAUGCUGAAAAAAUCCAGAGCAAUACUAGUAAACCAAGAAAUUGUUCCUUUUCCAACAACUUCCAUGAUGAGGAAUUUAUUGGUGGCUAAUGUAAAACUCUGUGGCAAUGACAUCUGCCUCAUGACUUCCCACUUAGAAAGCACCAAAGAGCAUGCAAAGGAACGGCUGAAGCAGCUGGGCGUUGUACUGCAGAAGAUUUUGGAGGUUCCAUCAUCAACUACUGUGAUAUUUGCUGGUGAUACUAACCUAAGAGACCAAGAGGUUGAAAAGAUAGGCGGCCUGCCCAGCCCCAUCAUGGACAUUUGGGAAUUUCUGGGGAAGCCUGAACAUUGCCGUUAUACAUGGGACACAAAAAUGAACAACAACUUGAAGGUUGCAUACACCUGCAGGCUGCGUUUUGACCGAAUACUGUACCGCUCUGCUCUAGAUGGCGGCCAAGUCAUUCCUCAGUCUUUGGAUUUGCUUGGCACUGAAAAACUGGACUGUGGUCGAUUUCCCAGUGACCACUGGGGGUUAUUGUGUGAUUUUGAUGUGAUCCUAUGAGUUUUAAAUAAUUGUUAAUAUUAAACUGUCU